AGUGCAGCCAGAUCAGCGACUGGCUGCUAAACCAACAACAACAACAACAGAAAACUUUCCCACAAGCACUCUCGUGUCUUUAUCUCGUGGCGGCCCGCUGGCUCUUGUGCUCGUCUGUUUGCAGGUCUGUGACAUGAAAUCGUUUGGGAAGCCGUGCACUGAGCGACCAUGUGGGCGUGUUUCUCUCGGCCCAACAGUCUCCGCUCUUGUGUGGAGUCCAGAGCGCAAAACGCACUUCUUCUGGUGCGACCAGAGAGCGCAAAAGUAGCAGCUCUCCGACCCUGACGCGCACACCAUCUCCGGCUCCGGCGGCUCACCCCCCGAAUCCAACUUCACUGAGCGGGGUUAAAAAAAAAAAAAAAAAAAAGAGAGAGAGAGUUUCUUAACAUCUCCCGGUUACUCUUCCAGCCAUGGACGCAUCUCGAGUGGUAACGCUAUAUCUGGGCCUGCUCCUUGUUUUCCUUGGGAAUAUACCGUGUUUCCAGUCUGCUGCUAUCAUCUCUCCCUCUGCGCCGAGGAGGAACAGGGGAGCCGGGAUCCCACAUCGGGACGGACAAAGGUCAUCCAAAUUCUUAAAAGAUAUCAUCGCGUCUUCGCAUCCUGUCGUGGGCCAUCACAAAGAAGACCUAAAGGACGCUAUUGUGCCGCAUGAAUACAUGCUCUCCAUAUACAGGACAUACUCGGCUGCAGAGAAGCUCGGACUAAACGCAAGCUUUUUCCGCUCCUCUAAAUCUGCCAACACCAUAACAAGUUUUGUGGACAGAGGAACAGACGAUCUUUUGCACUCUCCUCUGCGAAGACAAAAGUAUCUGUUUGAUGUCUCAACCCUUUCAGACAAAGAGGAGCUGGUCGGGGCGGAAUUAAGGAUAUUCAGGAGAGCGCCCGGGGAUUUGCAGACUUCCCUGCAGACGACGGGCCUCUACGACAUCCAGCUCUACCCCUGCCGCUCGGACAGGCUGCUGGACUCCAGGUCUCUGGACCCGCUGGACUCCACUAAAGCCGGCUGGGAGGUUAUGGACGUGUGGGAAAUGUUUAAAGCACACCAGCAUCAUUAUCACCACCCUCAUCAUCAUCAUCAUCCUCAUCAUCAUCACCAUCAUCACUAUCAGCAGGGGAGCCAGCUCUGCUUCCAGCUCAGGGUCACUCUUGGCAAAUCAGACACCGAGGUGGACCUGAGGCAGCUGGGGCUGGACAGGAGCGGCCGGUCCCAGCAGGAGAAGGCCAUCCUGGUGGCCUACACCCGCUCCAAGAAGAGGGAGAACCUGUUCAACGAGAUGAAGGAGAAGAUCAAGUCGCGGAGGUCGGUGGGCGAGAAGGAGGAAGCGGCGGCGGUGGUGAAGGCUGCAGAGGAGGAGGGGGUGUCGCUGAAGGGGGUUAGAGGAGAGGGGCCCCGCCGUCGGCGGAGGACCGCGCUGAGCAACAGGCACGGGAAGAGGCACGGGAAGAAAUCAAAAUCCAGGUGCAGCAAAAAGGCGCUGCAUGUGAAUUUCAAAGAGCUGGGCUGGGACGACUGGAUCAUCGCGCCCCUGGAUUACGAGGCGUACCACUGCGAGGGGGUGUGCGACUUCCCCCUGAGGUCGCACCUCGAACCGACUAACCACGCCAUCAUACAGACGCUCAUGAACUCCAUGGACCCGAACAGCACCCCGCCCAGCUGCUGCGUCCCCACCAAACUCAGCCCCAUCAGCAUCCUGUAUAUAGACUCGGGCAAUAACGUGGUGUACAAACAGUACGAGGACAUGGUGGUGGAGCAGUGUGGGUGCAGGUAGCGGCCAUUAUUUUGUUUAAAAAAAACAAACAAACUUAAAGAGACAGAAAAAAAUCAAAGAUAUGUCUUGAUGGGUCCCAGGUUGAAGAUAUAAAGUCCUCACAGGUCUGAAAUGCUUUUGACGCAUGACGCACGAGUCUUUAUUCAAAAGGGAUGCACACAAGAGGCGAUAUCUGCUAUUUAUUCAGACUCAGUACAGUCACAUGAAUUUACACUCUCUGCCUUAAAGUGUUACGCACAUGCAUUCCCAUCCACGCAACAAGUUAUCACUCAUCAAACAGGCUUUUGUUUCCCGGAGUGAGACGCGUCCAUAUGGCACAAGGAUUGGGAACACGGUGUGUGUGUGUGUGUGUGUGUGUGUGUGUGUGUGUAUGUAUGUGUGUGUGUGUGUGUGUGUGUGUGUGUGUGUGUGUGUGUGUGUGUGUGUGUGUGUGUGUGUGAAUGUGUGUGUGUGUGCGCGCUCUGGCUGAAGGCGAGAUGGGAGCCUAUUGAGUCCAAACUGUGCACCUGUUCGUGCCGAGGCCAGAGGACACUGGGCUUUGCCUGUGAGCGCUUUGUUGCAACUCUGCCGUGUGAUCCUGCCAGGCCGGAUUCUUUUGGGUAUGUGCAUCCAGGCUGUAAUUACCACUGUCCAGCUGGAGUCAUUACAGGCCCGAGCAAGUGCCUGUUUUCCAAAUAUAAAUAAAUAAAUGAAUAAUUAAAAAAUAAGAAUAAAAAAAAGUUAAAUAAUAAAUAAAUAGAGGGGGUGAAUGUCUAAUCUACCAAACACAAACACGCACACACACACACACACACACAUACACACACACACACACACACACACACACACACACACACACACACACACACACACACACACACACACACACACACACUGGUCUGAUGAGAGGAGAUAAGAUGGUGGUGGUGAUGCCUUCAAGAGAUUUUUUUUUUUUUGCCUUACUGGAGACCGGCUGACGCUGGGAGAUGCGUCGUGCGCCUUUGCGGACAGAGAAGGACACAAAACCAGACUUGUGUUGUGCCUGAGUGGGGCCCUGUUGUAAAGAGAAAAAAAAUAGAAAGCACACAUUACUGAGGCGAACUUUUUGCUCAAAAGUCUGCAUCUUUACGAAAUGCACUUCCACAACUGACUGCGCCAAGGACACGCGGUCAGCGAGAAAGUUUGUCCUCUCUGACGACGAAAAGAUUAAGAAAAGACUCGCAAACGAGACGAUAUUUAAAUGCACAUUAGCUUUGAAUGCACUGCUGUUCAUUAUUUUUUUUUUCUUGUUUUUUGAGCUGUAAAUAUUUGUACAGUCGAAAACUUUACAAAGUGCAACGAAUGAAGAAAUGAGAAAACGGCAUUUCUUUGUAAAUAUACAAAAUGCACUCAAAUCGGUAUAAUUUCUAUUCUAUAAUUAUUUUAUUAUUUGUGAUGUACAGAGUUUCAUGAUAAUCAUAUAUUUCUUACAUUGAUAAGAGUAAUUUAAGGUGUAUUCGAUUUUUUUUUUUUUUUGCAGAGGGUGGAAAAUACCAUUAUUAAUGUCUACCUCAUAAUUGCAUAUAGGAUCUGAGUUUUGAGGUGCAUUCAGUUAGAGUGUAAAGAGCUUUUACAAUGAUAUAUAAGAUCAUUUAUAUACAUAUAUUACUGGAUAAUAUUCCACACCAUUACUGUACAAAUAAAACUGAAAACAAAGUCCA